CGGCCACGCUCGUGGCGUGCGCCUGCCUGCUGGCGCCCGUCUUCUGCCUCGGCUCCUACGGCAACCUCAUCGUCUUCUUGUCCUUCUUCGACCCGGCCCUCCGCAAGUUCAGGACCAACUUCGACUUCAUGGUCCUCAACCUCUCCUUCUGCGACCUGUUCCUCUGCGGCGUGGCCGCCCCCAUGUUCGCCUUCGUGCUCUUCUUCGGCUCAGCCAGGGGCGUCCCCGGCACCUUCUGCUUCGCCUUCCACCUCGCCGGCUCCGGCUUCAUCAUCAUGUCGCUCAAGACGGUGGCCGUGAUCGCCCUGCACCGGCUGCGCAUGGUGCUGGGCAAGCAGCCCCACCGCACGGCUUCCUUCCCCUGCACCCUGCUCCUCACRCUGCUCCUGUGGGCCACCAGCUUCACCCUGGCCACCCUGGCCACGCUCAAGACGCGCCGCUCACACCUCUGCCUCCCCAUGUCCAGCUUCGCCAGCGGCGACGGGCGCGUCGUCCUCUACCUCUACGUGCUUGACUUCAUCUGCUGCGUGGCGGUGGUGUCCGUCUCCUACGUCAUGAUCGCGCGGGCCCUGCGCAGGAACGCCCGCGUGAGGAAGUGUCCCCCCGCGGUGGUGGCAGCGGCAGCGGGUACCCCCCGGCCGCAGCCCUUCGCCGCGGCCGCCGGGCCUGCCCUGUACAGGAGCCAGGCACAGCCCCCGCGCACCCACGGCCGCGGGCAGCCCCCGCGGCUGCUGCCGGGCCCCGCCGCCGGGCUGCAGCUCCAGCUCGUGCCCGCCCUCAACCUGGCUGCKGCUAAGGACUCCCGGGCCGUGGUGACCUGCGUGGUCAUCGUGCUCUCUGUGCUGGUUUGCUGUCUCCCACUGGGCAUCUCCUUGGUGCAGGACACGCUCUCCAGCAGCGGGGGCUUCGUGCUCUACCAGUUUGAGCUGUGUGGGUUCACGCUCAUAUUUUUCAAGUCUGGGUUAAAUCCUUUCAUAUACUCGCGCAACAGUGCCGGGCUCCGAAGGCGAGUCCUCUGGUGCCUGCAGUACGUGGCCCUGGUGUUUUUCUGCUGCAAGCAGAAGACAAGGCUUCGAGCCAUGGGCAAAGGGAGCCUGGAGGUCAACAGGAAUAAGUCAUCCCACCACGAAACCAAUUCAGCUUAUGUGUUGUCCCCAAAACCCCAGAAAAAGUUUGUGGACCAGGCGUGCGGUCCCAGUCACUCCAAGGAGAGCGUGCUGAGCCCCAAGGGCUCUGCCGGGCCCCAGCACUACGCGCAGAGCAGCUCGACGCCCAUGAACACGCGCAUCGAGCCCUACUACAGCAUCUAUAACAGCAGCCCGUCCCCGGAGGUGAGCACCCCCAACAGCCUCCAGCCAGCGAGCUCGGCCUUCGCCUUCGCCAARUCCUACACUGCCCUGCAUUAUCACGCCACGAGCGACCUGCCGCGGGAGUGCCACGGUGCUCCCACCAAGCAGAUACCCRUGCCCUCCGUCUAACCUGGAGCUCGCCCGAGAAAAACCUGCCCAGUUAGUGGGUCCCCUUCUGUGCAUUUCUGAACGAUUAUUCUGAACUCAGAGCUGCGGUGUGGCCCUGCGGCUGCCAGUGGAAAAAUACCAUUAGUGUUAAUAUCCAGCUACUUGCAUUUGAAGUAAAUCCUAGGAUGUUGCUUCCGUGAUACUUUCUUGAAAGAGUGUGGCAAGUCCUAAAGGGCCUAUUUUAGAUUUGUUUUCAGAGUUGUAAUGUGAGAGCAUAAAAGCACGUGAUUCAUUUUGUCAUGAGGCAAACUCUCAGAGAAGGACCUAGUAGCUGGUACACUGUGGGCUUGCUACGUUUUCAAGAAAGAAAAAGGUGGAGGACACUAGGUAUUACGAUACUUAAAUUUAAACCAGUUUUCAUUGCAGGA